AUGCAUGGAAUGGUACUGCGAGAGGGAUACUUUGGUGAGACGUAUGGAGAGGAACGGACGCCGGCGUAUGCCUUUCCAGACACUAGCAAUAUGGUCAUUUUGCUCCUGCAACAGCUGCCGCACCUUUAUAAUGCGAUCCUCGACUUGAAGAUGGCGAACGGGAGCAAACUUGAUACGUCCGGCGUGACGGGGCCGUUCUUGGGGUUACUGAACGAGUACUUUACGUCACGCAAUGUUACAAUCCCGCUGGUGUUCGCGUGCAUUUGUUGGGUGAGAUCUGUGGCGGCACUCCAAGGGGAUGCAGGACUUAGUCGCAAUGUUGGCGUGACGAUUAAGCACUCGACGGACCUGAUGGAUCGAAUUAAAGCCACGGCGGUGAAGCGCGCAGUGCAGACUGGUGACAUGCUAGUCCGCGUCUUGGUAAAGCAAUGCGAUGUGCAGAGCCAGCAAGCGAGCAAAAGUCACCACUUAGCGCGCGCAAACCCACUUAUGGCAGGCUUCAUGAUGCUGACGUUCGAUCUCCACUCGAAUUAUGCCGCAGAUUCGAUCAAUGAGAUGUACUGCAGCCGAGCUUUACCGGUCAAGUACGAUAGGGGUCGAGCGCAAACUCUGCUCAGCGAUUUCUCCAAGAUCUACCAGCUGAUGACUGCAAACGACAAGUCGUUUCUGGGGAGUGCUUCAGCGAAGACUAUGCUGAUCGAGGUUGCUGACACCUGCGCCGAAGAACUAUUCGAGACUCGCAUGCUUUCGGGUGAUCUUUUGACACUCCACGACGACCUUACUGGCGUAUUCCAGCAAAUGGCAGAUGAGCUGAGCCAACAACGGACUGAACCGGUUGAAAACGCUGCGAUGAUGUUCGUGAUGCCGUUCUUUGAUGGGCUGAAGCCCAAUGGAUCGAUGGAUAUGGGGGCGCUACCGGGCUCGAACCGUAGAAUGCAUGUCGGAGCUGCGGCUGUCGGGGUGAUUAGGUCGAUGUGCGCAAAGGCCGCUGCUGUUAUCCAAGGCAAAUUCGCUACCCCAGCACUGGUUUGCGACCAGAAGUACUUCACAUUCCCGUCUACCCCAGACUUUUCCACAAACGAAUAUGGGCCGGUUCAAACCGACAUCUGCAUCAGGGACGGCAAUGGCAAACGGGUGAGCGACGUGACGUCCGACCGCAAGUGGUCCCGCGAAAUCGCCGCGGAGAUUGCCGAGAUUGAGCAAGGUCGAGCGAGAACUGAUAGCGCGAAGAACCGAGAUGCGAUGCUUCGUCAUCAGAGCAUGCUUCGUGCGGAGAGAGUGCGCAAAUCGGUCGCUGCUCAGCGUGAUGAAGAGUGCCAACGUCAGUUUGUAAAUGAUUCAACGGAUAAUGUAGCAAGUUCCAAGAAGAAGAAGAGCAAGAAGAAAGGCAAAAAGGGGAAGAAGGGGGACGGCAAUUCCGAUGAAGUGGCCUCGCUCAAACACUCGUUCGAAGACACGAUGGCUUCUUUCACGCGCUUACGCGACCCCAGCAUCCCUGUUGACGACAAAAGUGACGACGGGGAGCGAGUCUGCAGCGCCGUGAAGAAGCUGCAGACCCUCGACGAGGCGUGCGCCCACCCCAACCGAAUGAACACGACGGAUCGCCGCAUCCGCACUUCGGUGGCCUCCGAGGCAGCGCAGAGCACGCACCUGAUGCAGAAGUUCCAUCGCGUCGACCACGCCGCCAUCACAGUGCCUGCGCUCUCUUCAGUCCGCAAGCAGUGCGAUACGACACCAGACUUCGUCCACUUUGUGCUCCGUACGGCGCAGCUCUUCGUCUCCGUGGACAGGAAGCCGCAGGCUCGUGAGUUCGAGAACGCCAUCGACGCAGCCCCUGAUCUGAGUGGCGUCGUGUGCUUCGGCAAGCGCGCGUUGCACGUCGUGUACGGCGGCAACAGCCAGGACGACGUGGCGCGAAUGCUUUACUACGAGUCGUGUCUGCGCUUCGGAGACUUUGUCUUCUCCGCCGCCGGCGUUGUCCGCGCAACUUAA